AUGAGCGACCUCAGCCAGCCAGUCCCGGUCCCGGCUCCACAGAAGCAUGCCAACAUCAACAGAAAAUCAACAAAACCCUGGGUGUGGGAAUGGCGCACCAGGACGCGCGGAACCGGGCGGCUGCAGGCACCGAGGCGCAUUUUAGUGAGGGAAGGGAGAAUAGAGGUGUCGGCGCUGGGAAGUUAUCGAGAACAUCCGUCCGUCCGUCCCCCCCAACUGCGUGUCCACAAGCUUAUUCCACCAGGCUCCCAGGCUGCUGUGUGCUGCCAGGCCCCAACAACCGAUCAUGACCACGGUCCAAAAUUCCUCACCACUGACCGGGGCCUCAAUAUUGUGUGUUUGUGUGUGCGUGAACCCCUUCGCACACCAGUUUUGACGAGGAAAAAGCAACUCUCUGUCAUGGGUGUAAAGAUGCUGCAGUGUUUUCCGUUCUACAGACGCUGUAAAGAGCGCUGCAAGAACAGGCAAGGCCCCCCAGCCACAGUUCCCACAGAGGAGACGAAGCCCCGUCUGUCCUCCACGACCUCCUGGGGUAGUGACAGCGAAGGAGCAGGAAGCUUCAGUCGGGGCUCCCAAAUCUAUUUCUCCACCAAGGCCAGGCUGUCUUUCAGACACCAGCUGGACAGCAACAUCAAUGCAGUGGACGCCACCUACUGAAGAGGACGGGGGGGCUGCAGAGGAGAUAAAAGGACUCCGGUAUCCAACUACUGUGAUCAACAGUAGUUGAGAACAGGCCAGAAUUUGCAUUGUAACCCCUCAGACCUUGCUACCAACAAAGAACUCUGGAUGAUUAAUCGGAUUCAACAAGGGACAGGGGAAAACAUACUGAAACAGACUGGGUUUCCAGUCCCAGUGCAUUAAGAUUUCAGACGACUCAAUGGGGUGGAUCCACUGCCCAAAUGGACAGAAUACUGAAGAAAGAGAAGACAACAUAGAGACUUGUUUACAGCAUUCACUACCAACAAGUGCAUUAUUUUUUCGUUUUUCCUUUUUUUCGGGGGGGGGUGUUUAAUUACUUAUUCUUUUUUUUCUGACAACCUUUAUGGAAUUUUCUUUUUCCCAAUUUGGAGAUGAUAUCAUGGCCCAUAGGGUUGUUUCAUAAAGCAGGAUGAAGCAUAUGAUGAUGAAUAUCUCCAUUUAUAUAUCAUGGUUAGCAGUCAUCAUCAGGAGUGAAUCCUAUUUUUAGACCCAAUGCUGACAUUCUUUCUAACCAGGACUGGGUUCACUUUUUAAUCCUGCUGUGAGACACAAAACCUUGUACAGUAACAGUGAAAUAAAACAAAACAGAAAAAGAAUUUGCUUUUUUAAAUAAAUUAACCCUAUUCCUAGCACAAAUGCAUAGGGGUCAUGUUGACACUUUGUAUUAUAUUUGCAGCUUUGAGGAUGUUCAGCAGCUGCCUCUAGUUACUUCCUCUUUGGAAAAGCAUAAAGGAAACUAGGCUGCACAGCAAUUACAUUUCUGUUAGGUAUUUUGUGAGUCAUACUUGGCUUCAGCUCGUUCAUUUCUUUUUGUUUAUAUUUUUAUAAUUAAAAACACUCCUGGUUGCAUUUGAUGGUAAAAUGUGGUGACUUUUUAACAAACCUUAAGUGCAUAUUUUUAGGAUGAACCGGGUUCUGCAUUUGCCUAAAAUGAACAGAUGUGAAUGUAAGUCCUGGCCCCAUAUGACUGUGAAAAACCUGCUGAAAUUUGAAACGUCCAUGUUUUUGUCCUUGGAUGCACAACCAAUUAUCAGUUAUUCAAAUCCACAGUACGUCAAAAGAAAAGUAU